CUCAAUCCGUUGAAUAGUAACAUGUUUUUGAAAUAUGCAAAUGAUGUAAUGUAAUAUUUAUUAAUGUAUUCAACUGGGUUUGAUGUGUCAUGUAUCAAUGAAAUAGUAUUAUUUUAUUCUGACACUUUCCGUUUCUCUUUCCGAUUGGCUAUCGUCAAUAUUUCUCGCUUCCCCCCCUUGAAAGUUUCAACGCAUGUGCAUGAUAUCAGCUGAUUAGGCCGACUGCGUACAAACAGCGUUAAGCUGUCAGACGAGUGCCAUUUGAUUUUGAACGAAAAGAAAUAUUUGAAUAUUUCUUUUACUUGUCCUUGCAAGUUUAUCUCUACGAAGUGUUACAUACAACAAUUGGAAUCUGUUUUUGAUUUUGAGAUUUUUGAUUGUGACAAACAAUGCGCCUGGCGAUUCUCCUAAACACGAUAAUCGUUCUUUCACUCUUUAUGCAAGCGGCGAAACAAGUUGAAACGAAACAAAUAUCACCCGUUAUUUUAGUUCCAGGUGAUGGUGGCAGCCAAAUUGAAGCAAAGAUUAACAAGUCAUCAGUGGUGCAUUAUAUUUGCGAAAAAAUAUCCAAUGAUUAUUUCAGUCUAUGGCUAAAUAUGGAAUUGCUUGUUCCUGUUGUGAUUGAUUGCUUUAUUGAUAAUUUAAAGCUUAAUUAUGACAAUGUGACGAGGACUACAAGCAAUCAGCCUGGAGUCGAUAUAAGAGUACCAGGAUGGGGCAAUUCAUUUGUAGUGGAGUAUAUAGAUCCCAGUAGAGCCUCACCAGGUUCAUAUUUCAAAGAUAUUGGAAAUAUGUUGGUGAAUGAUUUGAAAUAUGUUAGGAAUUUAUCAUUACGUGGUGCGCCUUAUGAUUUCAGAAAAGGACCUAGCGAAAGUGAAGAAUUCUUUGUUAAGUUGAAAAUUCUGAUUGAAGAAACAUAUGCAAUGAAUAAUAAUACACCAGUAACACUAUUGGCUCACAGCAUGGGUGGACCUAUGACUCUUAUAAUGUUACAACGUCAGAGUCAGAAAUGGAAGGAUAAGUUUAUAAAUUCUUUCAUCACUCUUAGCGCUGUAUGGGGAGGAUCUGUCAAAGCUAUCAAAGUAUUUGCCAUUGGAGACGAUUUAGGUGCAUAUUUUCUUCGUGAAAGUGUGUUAAGAGAUGAACAGAUAACAAGUCCGAGUUUGGGAUGGUUACUACCUUCAAAAUUAUUUUGGAAAGAAACAGAAAUUUUGAUACAAUCAGAUUUAAAGAAUUACACUUUAAAUAAUUUACAACAAUAUUUUAUAGAUAUAGGUGUUCCUAAUGCUUGGGAAUUCAGAAAAGACAAUGAGAAAUAUCAAUUAGAUUUUACAGCACCAGGUGUAGAAGUACAUUGUUUAUAUGGCAGUAAAGUGCAAACUGUGGAAAAGUUGUAUUAUAAGCCAGGUACAGCUAUAGAUGGCUAUCCUCAAUUACUAUUUGGAGAUGGAGAUGGAACUGUAAAUAUAAGAAGUUUGGAAGCAUGUAUACAUUGGCAGAAAUCACAAAAACAAAAAAUUUAUUAUCAAGGUUUUUCUGGAGUAGAUCAUACUAACAUCUUAAGAAGUAGUGAUAUGUUGGCAUAUAUCAAGACAGUUUUAAAAGUAUAAGAUGUUCAAAAACUGAUUUUUAUUAGUUAGACACAAAAGAAUACAACAAGUUACGUAAUAUCAUUAUUCUUUAACAUUUUUUAAAUUUAAUCUUUAAUAUAAAUUAACAUUCAAAAUUCAAUACAAAAGUGACACUAAAUAUGAAAAUAUUGGGAAAUUGGAAACAAAUUGAAAUUGUAUCAAAUUAGAGAUUUUAUUAAACUAACGAAACAACUUUAUAUAUAAAAUUAAAAUUGAAUAAUUCAGUGAUUAA